AUGGCAACUGUUAUGCAUCUAUAUUUCCACGCGCGCAUGCGCAUGACCAUCAGCAACCUCGUAGGACGUGGCGAGAGUGACAGCGGGCUGUGGCUGUGUGUUGCAGGCGUGGCGGGCACGGUGGAGGUGCACCUGGAGAGCAAGGAGGGCGGCUUCUUCCUGAAGCACGUGUCGCGCCAGCACUACGCAGACCUGGGGCAGCACGCGCCGCCACCCAGCCCGCCGCCGCCGCCCCCGGACGACGCGGCCGCCGGCGCGGGGGCGGGCGCCGUGCUCAGCGUCGACCGCUUCAGCGUCGUGCAGAGCUCGCGGCCCGUCUCCGUGCGCGCCACCUACGGGCCCUUCUCCACCAAGCAGACGGUGCCGGCGCGCUACGUGGUUCCGGACCCGCUGGACCUGCCGCAGCCGCCGCUGCCGACGCUGCAGCACAACGGCAGCCUGCUGGACGCGGCGGCGGCGGCGGCGGCGGGGGCGGCGGCGGCGGCCGUAGCGGCGGCGGCCGCGGGGGCGGCGCCGCGCCGCCUGGACGUGAGCGCGCACAUCGUGCGGCCGCAGCUGCCGCGCGACCAGCCGCAGCUGCGCGUGCUGUUCCACGCGGGCACCGGCACCGCCGCCGCCGCCGACGUGGGGCCCGGCGUCGCGGCGCUGGGCGGCCGCCGCCACCCGCGCCAGAGGGUCUGCAUCGUGCUGCACGCCGCCCUGGGGGACCGCCCGCCGCUCACUGCCGCCUGCUCGCCCGACGGCGAGGACGGCGUCUGCCUCGCGCAGGUGACGGUGCCGGCGACGUGGUGGCCGCCGCUGUCGCCGCCGGGCUGGGGCGGGCCCUCCAAGUGGCCACCGCGGCGCGUGCAGCUGGCGUACUCGGUGCUGGAGCCGCGCGGAGAGGGCUGCGUGGCGCGCGUGCAGAUCCAGCCGGUGGCGCCGCUGGGGACGGUGCUGCUGGCGCCGGCCGCCUCCGCGUACCGCGAGCUGCGCGCGCCCGGCCCGCCGCCCGCCGAGGACGGCCUGCUGGCGCUGCUGCUGCCGCGAGCCCCGCUCUACCCACGGGCGCGCCUGCACGCGCCGCUCUUCCUGCUGCAGCCCGCCGCCGCGUUGCUCGUCGUUAAGGUGCGCGUGAAGAACGGCCUGCGGCUGCUGGGCGCCGAGGCGAGCUCGGAGCGCUGGAACGUGACAGCGUCGCUCAACGGCAAGCACACCGCCGCCACCGUCACCGCCUUCCGCAGGGACAGCCUGGCCGACGCGCCGCCGCAGCUGCAGCCCUCGCCGCACGGCAAACCGGGGAGCGGCGGAGCGGCCGGUGGCGGCGGCGGAGGGCCGUCCAAGGCGGAGGAGGUGUUCUCUCUGCUGGUGGCCGUGUCAGACGAGGGCGGCGCGGGGGCGGCGGACGCGCGCCUCGUGCUGAGCGCGCGUUACGUGCUGGCCGGCGACGUGGCGGCGGCGGGGGUGGCGGGGGCGGCCAGGAAGCCCGCGCUGCUCGAGGCGUCCGGCCGGCGGCGGCACACCGCCAGGCUCGAGGUGCACAAGGACGACAUCCAGGCCGUGCUGCCCAUAUCCAAGAACUGGGAAGUGAUGAACACCGCGGUGCUGACCGGCCACCAGGUGUCACAAGCCAUGAAGGUGUUCAUCGUGAGCCAGGCGGGCAAGGUGGCUGACGUCACGCUGCAGUCCGCCUGCCACUCCGAAGACGAGAGCGUGCUCAAGGUGUCCAGCUCGUGCAGCUCUGUGUACGUCGACGGCUCCGAGAUCCGCGGCUCGUCCAACGCCUCGGUGGUGGUCAAGUACGGCACGUACACGGGGCUGGCGCGCUUCACCGUCUGGAUGCCGGAGUUCCCGCUCGAGGUCAGCGUCGCGGACUUCCGCCUCAGCCAGGUCAAGGGUUGGCGCGUGCCCGACGAGCACUCCGGUAGAGGUGGCAACAAGCUGAAGAAACGCGAGGCCGCCGACGUGCCGCGGUGGGGCAAGGACCCCAGCUUCCAGGACAUGAUGGAGCACGACCAGAAGCCCAGCUGCCGACUGCGCUUCCAGCAGAGUCCCGUCGAGGUGUACGCGCGCUUCAGCGCCUCGGACCAGGACUCGGGGCGCGUGAGCUACUUCGUGAACCGGCGCACCUGGCUGCGAGUCACCGACCUGGUGGAGGCGCUGCUGCGCGUCUCCGACCCGCGCAUCGCCAGCCUCAGCGGACGCAUCCUGCAGGGCCGCGGCGUCGGGCGCUCCGAGGUACAGGUGCUGUCGCCGACGGGUAGGGUGAUCGGCGCCAAGGAGGUGCGCGUGGGCAACGACAAGGUGUCCAUCACGCGCCUGCAGGUGCGCGUCGUGUCGGGCCUGCAGCUAUCCAUAGUGCCCGACAGCGCCGUCGAGAACGGAUACGUUGCUGAGACCUCCGUCACGAGGAAGCUGACUGCCCAGUACCAGGAGGGUCUGCUCGACAUAGACAUAGAGUUCUCCGACGGGACGCGGACGCCGCUGCGCGAGGUGGCGGUGUCGGACUACCACCUGCUGGUGGAGAGCCUCGACCCCGAGGUGGUGGCGUUCGCGCCCAUGGUGACGUCGCCGCACCCCCGCGUCAUCGCCGUGGGGGAGGGCCGCGGAGACCUGCUGCGCGUCGCGCUGCUGCCGGCUGACGCCUGCCGCGGGGGCGGCGGAGGCGGGGGCGCCGUGACGCGUGGGCGGCCGGCCGCAGGCGGCGCGGGGGCGGCGCCGGCGCCGGCGCUGGCGGCCGCCUCGGCCUACGUGGAGGUGGACUUCUCGGGCAGCGACCUGCCGCAGCGGCCGGACCUCGUGCAGAACGACGGCGGCCCCGGCGUGGGCGGCGGCCUGCCGCUCGGCUUCGGCCCGCGCUCCAGCCGCGACAUGGUCGCCGACGUCCCGGACAUCUCCAUCGGGUUUCCGCUGAAAGACGAGAACAACCACGAGCCGACGGUGCAGGCGCGCCAGCACUCGGCGGCGGUGUCCGGUCUGGGCGGCGGGUCCGGCGUGCGCGGCUCACACGUGGGCGGCGGCGGCGUGUCGCACCACCACCUGGGACCCGGCGCCGCCCACGGCCAGCCCGCCGUCAGCCUGACGCCGCUCGAGAUCGGCAUGUACGUGCUGCUGGCUGCCUUCUGCUUCGCCAUCGUCGUCUUCGUGGUCUCCUGCGUGGUGUACGCGUCCAAGUUCAAGCCCCUGACGCCGAUGGAGGCGGCCACGUUGGGAGCGCGCGGCCCGGCGCUGGGGGCGGCCGGCGGCAGCUCGGGGGCGUCCAGCUCGGGGGCGGCGUGCCUGGGGGCGGCCGGAGGGGCGGGCGCCGCCGGCGGGGGGCCGCCCAAGGGCCAGGAGCCCACCACCACCAACGCGCACGACUGGGUCUGGCUCGGCCGCGCCACGCUCGAGCGCGCCUCCGUGGGUCCGCAGCGGGUACGGAUCACGGCGAACCCGCUGGAGCAGUCGACGGAGAUGCAGGCGUCAUCGGCAUCGGCAGCGGCGGUGCGGCACGUGCCCGCCGUGGACAGCUCGACCUACUGCAAGAAGGAGAGGGACAAGGAGAGGGAGAGGGAGAGGGACAGGGAGAGGCCGCAGCCCGCCACGCCGGUGCGACAGCACUCGAGGGAGCCGGCGCUGCCCACGCCGCCAGAGAGGAUGUGGCAGAUUCGCAGCAGCGGAACGCCGCCGCCGCUGCCUCCCCACGGGCUGGUGGCGCCCGCGCCCGCGCCGGCGUCGGCGGCGGCUGACAAGCCGCUGGAGGUGGAGUACCGGCCGCCGGUGCCGCCGCACCGCAACAUGGGCGUGACGGCGCGCAUCGGGCCCUCCCGCAGGCACCACCACCACCACCACCACCACCGCAGCAACAGGUUAGAGACCCACUACUGCCUCAACCACGCGCCGCCGCUCCAGUCGUCAUAUAGAUUUGAAAUAGAUGUAAGUGUGACGUUCCCUCUUGAUCAGGUGCCGCCGCACCAGCACCAGCUGCAGCACCACCAGCACCAGCUGCAGCAGCUGCAGCUGCAGCACGAGGCGGCAGCCGCGGCAGCAGCCGCAGCGGCGGCCGGCGCCAACUCCUCCGACUUCGUGCCUGGCGCGCAGCGGGGGGCGGGCGGCGGCUCGGAGGUGAAGCGCGCCACCAUCGUCGGGAACCCCAUGUUCUCUGCAGGCGCCGCCGUCGUCGCCGGCGGCGUGGCGCUGUCCGGCGCCGCGCACGACGACCUGGUCGGUCUCGACGACCUCAACCUCGGCAUGGACUACGACCAGAUCAUGGAGUACUUCGACAACCUCAAAGAGUCAAAUGCCUGAAUCUAGUCACGCGACUCCGUCGUCCGCAACCGCGGGGGGCGGCAACCGAUACCAAAAAGAAGCUAUUCGUGUACAACAUAUUUAUUUAUCUACCCGCGCCAAAUGUCACAUUUCUUUAACACGCGAAGCGUAACGCACUGAACAGCCACUGCUGUGGAGACGGUACAUUUGAAUAGUUUCUGUCAACAGAUUACUGUAUCCACUUCUUUUAGGUGGUGCAUUGUUCGUCUCCUGCAGCUAACAUGACCUAGCUUCGGACUCCGUCCGAAGAAAGCAAGGUGUCUCCAGCAUUUUUUCCACCGUAUGACGUUUGUGUUCCUGCUAGCUACUAUAUGCACGCUGUAUUGCUGUUGGUGUGUUGUAUCGUCAGCUGAUUGAAGUCGUCUAAGCAAAGGGAGGCGUCUACCUUCCCCCGCACUGUACAGUAUUUAUUCUAAAAAGAUGUUUCGAUUGAUGUUCCUACUUGUCACGCCUCUGACCCGUACCGCAACCUCACACGCCAGCUGGGAGCUGUCCGUCACCCCUGCUGCCGCAGCACAACUUUCGAGAAGCAUCUUUUUUAUAUUUUAUGCCAAAAAAGAACAAUGUCGUUUUGUUUAUAGAAGAAUUUUAUUUUUAUGCGUGUGCACUCCAUAGUUUUAUUAUGGGCAUCGUGCUGUCUGUUGGUGGCCUUUGCAUGAGAGGUACCCCACCACCCGAAUAUUUAAUAUAUUUAUUGAGGACACUUGAUUUUCCUUGUAAUGUCUGUGUUGUAAAAAGUGUACAUAACGUAUAAAUGUUUGUAUUUGUAAGCAUCUUAAUACCGUUGCACAUUUUAUAUGGGCCCAUAUACAUAUAUAAAAAGUAGGUGAGAGGAUAGCUUUUUUUCCCCAGUCACUUUUUUGUAUACCCAACCAGGGUUUAUUACAAUAUGGCAUGGUAAUUUGUAUCCUUUUAGUGUACUACGAGUCUAAAUUUGUUGACAUUGGAUAAAAUGUUUCUCGUACUAAGCAUUUAGCUAUGUUUAGACGCUAGAGUCAAUUACAGUGUGGAUAAAUCUAAGCGUGAUUCGUAUUGAAUAUUGCAGAAGUAGUUGUGGAGCGAGUAUUAAAUAUCUGUCACUCAAGUGUAGAUCGCUUUAUGUAAUAGGAGACGUAGUUCGUAGUGUACAGAACUAUUCUAUACAGACAUAAUGCUGGGCUCCAAACAUGAGUGACCCUCUGGUAUCAUACUUCCAUGAAAGAUAAUGCAUGUUAGUCACACGAGCUCUUUAGGGAAAAUUCCUCUGUGACGCGUUCAUCUGUGUACACUCAAUGUAUAAAGUGCAUAUCUGUCACAUUGAUGGUCGUAUCUGCUUCGUACUACAUGUGAACAACUAAUUUGAAAACGGAUUAGUGUUUUUCGUACAGCUCUUGUAACUACCAACUUGAUACAAAUUCACAACAGUCAGUAUAAUGCAGUCGCUUGUUUGUUGUGAUGACUUGCUGAACGAUUUCCCUCACUUAGUUGUAUGUGUGCUCACCAUGUACGCGUAAAAUGUGCUUUCACCGUGGCUGAAUGUCGCUUAAAGAUAGAGAAAAGAUCAGCAACCUACUCCACACUUAAGUCCCUGCCACGUAAAUUAAAAAUAUUUCCCAAUUUGUGAAUGUUGUAAAUUGAAAAUUCAAAUGAAGAGUAACUGUAUGUGUACAUAUUAUGCAAUGUCGAUGAAGCUGUUUCUUGAUACUGAUGUUUGCAGUUUAUGAUCGAUUUCAGUAGAAUUUUUAACGAGGUAUUUGUCCUCUUAUUUACAAUAUACGUACUCCAAAUUAGAUACUCGCAUCAGUAUGAGACAUAUGUUAAUUGUCUUACACAAAACAUGUAUUUAUUACACUAUAUUUUGUGAACGACUCACUGCUUCAUACAGUAUGUAUAUUGAGUAGUCCUCAACAAUUUUAUAUCAAUGAACUGUGCACAUAGUUAAGUGUUGAGGAAUGUCCAUUAUUGAACUCAUACCGGGUAAUCAAACAACCUAUCAACAUUACCUCUCCCAAAGGCAAAUAUUCUAAUCUCUCACUGAGAAUUUCAUAAUUAAGAGUACAUGUAACUCACCGACUGCAAAUGUUUGAUGUUAUAUGAUUAUAUGCCUACAGAGUCAUAAAUACAAAUAAAACAAAUUUGUAAUUGAAUAAAUGAUAAUUGCAAGGUU